AUGCACUAUGCGUCGGUGGCCCGGCUUCUCGCCGAGGCCGUGGGCUCUGUGCGCGCGGUGGAUUUCUCGGUGCCCGAAGUGAAAGCGAUCGUGGCGCCGGCCGCGACGCCGAAAGCGGCCCCGUGGGUUUCGGACGGCGAAGCGGCGGACUGGCGCGCAGUAAAACUGUCGCCUGCGCAGUGCGUGCGAGCUUUGCGGGUGCUGAGGAAGGCGGCUGCAGCGGCUGAAGAAGCCGAGGGUCGCGGGCCCGCGGGUGGCAGCGCGCUGCCGGGCGGGGGCCCCGGGCUCGUGGAGGCCAUGCAGGAAUGUGUCCAGUCCCAAAAGGCGGCGCUGGACAAGGAAUCCAAGGCAAGGGUGGAGGAAUUGGCCCUCGGCGACUACCCGCUGGACGGUGUGCCGACGGAGGAGGCGAUGAUACGCCUGGAG